GGCGGACCCGGGGCAGGCCCGCUGCUGUGCACACCGGCGCCAGCCCCGUGGUUGGGCGCCCAGCUCCGCCGGAGCCGGGGGGGAGAGCACCGCAGCCCCGAUGGCCAAGCAACCCCCCGAGGUCAAGGCUCAACGCGACGCCGGUGAGGGCGGGAGGCUGCCGGCGGCGGUGGAGGGACCGGGCCCGGCCGCGCAGCAGCUGCGUCCCGGGGCUCCCGCCGCCCUGCCCGGCUCCUCCGCUACCGCCACGGCGGGGCCUCCAUCGCGGGGCCCACCCGCCAGCCCCGGGCCCUUCGCCACCCGCUCGCCCCUUUUCAUCUUUGUGCGGAGGUCGCCGCUGCUGUCGCGCUCCUCCAGCGGGUAUUUCUCCUUCGACGCCGAGCGAAGCCCUGCGCCCCUCAGCUGCGACAAGGCCACUCAGACCCCAAGCCCGCCCUGCCAGGCUCUCAGCCACUGCCUCAGCGCCAUGGCUUCCCGGUGGCCAUCUCCCUCUGCCGCAGAAGACAUACAGCCCGAAAUCUGGAUCGCACAGGAGCUGCGGCGCAUCGGUGACGAGUUCAAUGCCUCCUAUUGUCCAAGAAGGGGCUUCUUGGAUAACCAGGUGGGACACCCCCAGAUCAUCAUUUUGCGCCUUCUGCGUUACAUCAUCCGCCUCAUCUGGAGGAUGCAUUGAGUGCCAGGUGCAUCCCAGGGCAUCAGGACUUGUUUACCCAUUGGGAAAGCCUGGGGAGGACAGACAGACCGACCUGCCCCUUUCCCAGGGCUUGCAGUGGGGGCUGUGAGAUGAGGGUGGAAUCCCACACCGACCUGCUGGGACUCUCCAAAGCAGGGCUGUGUCCAAGUGGUGUUUACUGCGUUUCUCUCAACUCUUCUUUGAUUUUAAACAUUUUUUAAUUUUUCCAUGAGUCUCAGAGAAAAAAAUACUCAACAGUAAGGGAAUGAUUUUUUUCAGUUGUGUUUCUGGAAGGCUGUUGGCUCAUCUGGGAUAAAUCCUGCAGCAGGGAAGAAGAAAGCCUGAGCCAGCUGAUGAGUAGAGCUGCCUUUGUUUGCCUCACAGAGAUUUCCUGGAGCCCUCCACUCUCCCUUCACCUCCCAGGCGAUGAUGGAAGGAUGGCAGAGGGAUUUAAACCAGCACUUCUUUUGCCUGUAAAUACUUAAUGCUACCCCAAACUCACCUUCCUCUGCAUCAUGCAAACCUCCUGCUGAUGGAUUUUAAUUUUUGUUUUAAAAAAAAUACAUAUAUAUUUUUUACACUCUGAAUUCCAAGACUUCUCUGUCAAGACUCCCACGGUUGAAUAUAUCACAGCCACCCAACCAAACCAAAAACAAUCCACCAGGUUG